AUGAAGCUAGGGCUCGAAGGCAAGGUUGUUCUGGUUUCUGGUGGCUCUAGCGGUAUCGGAAAAGCCAUUGCCUCGGAGUUUGCCGGCGAAAGGGCCAGAGUAAUGAUCACAGCACGCCGAAUUGGACCACUGGAAGAAACUGGCAAAGAACUUAAUGAAUUCGGUGGCAGGGCAAGCUAUGUUGCGGCAGACAUGACAAACGAGGAUGAUGUCAAAAAGGCAGUUGCAAAGACGCAGGAGGUAUUCGGCUCCGUGCCAGAUGUCGUUGUGUGCAACGUGCGGUCCUUGAUCAAGAUAGGAUUCGACGAAGCUAGCGCAGAUGACUUUAGGACCAGUUCCGAGCAGUGCGUCCUUAGUGUAGUCCACCUUGCAAAGGCAGUUCUUCCAACCUGGAAAGAGAAGAAAUGGGGCAGGUUUAUCAAUUUGGGAAGUGUGUCGACGCUGGAGCCUCACAGGUGGCAUCACAUCGUUUUGGGAAACACCUUUCGGCUGGCUGCCGUUGGACUCAUGCGCUCUCUUUCGAAUGAAUUUGCGUCUUUUGGUAUUACUUUUAACACGAUCGCCAUUGGCCUCAUCGACACUGGCGUGAGUGAGAAAAUCGUGAGCGAAAGCGAAGAGAUGAAUCUACAGCAAGCAGAGCCUCAACCUCAAAUAUCAAUGAAACGGCCUGGGAAGGUUGAAGAAAUUGCGGCCCAAGUUGUAUUUCUUGCUUCCGAAAGAGCUAGCUAUUAUUAA